AUCACCAAUUUCUCUACUCCUCAUCGGGAUCUGCUGCUUGACUUUGAUUAGCGAGUCCAGGGCUGAAUGUUGUGGCCUGGGUCUGCUGUUUAAAUAUAAGAUGACCCAUGGAAGAUGCGAGGAUGCCGGUGGAUUUGGAGAGGACCCAUUCCAAUGCGAUAUAUGGAUUUGCGCCGAUGGAAACCGAAAGAAGGGCACUUUUUGUGGCCAAGGAUGGUGCAACAUUUUCGGCUGCAACUGCGAGUGUAUAAAGGGCGAGUGGACCAAAACCUUUAAGGAGAUAAACAAGGAAUACGGAAUCGAAAUUAAUGAAAUCAUCAGAGUUCCAGUUGCCUCCUAUGUUUUUUCGCAUUUGUAA